AUAAACAAUUAUUUAUUACAAAGCAGAAAAAAAGAAAAUAAAAUAAUGAAAACCAAUUUAAUUUAAAAGAAAAUUACAAAAACUAAAAAGGGAUUUGACCACAAACUUAAACAAAAAACCAACACACAAUUCAGCAACUUAGUGCUUUUGCAAUAAUUGGUAACACUGCAUUUGUAAUAGCAAAAACAACUACAACAACAGACGCAUAAUUAAAUGCUCUUAUAAAUAAGAAGCAGAAUUAGGAAAGAAAACAAAGGCAAAGCAAGAAAAAAACAACCGCAAUUGGCCACACACAUUCAAACACUCUCAUUCACAAUAAUCAAAUAUGGCUGCGGUCAAUUGGUUUUGUUUGGUGUUGGCAUUCGCUUUUAUCAAUAGUUAUGUUUGUAUAAAAGUCGAUCCCAAUGGAAUACCAAAUGGAAAUUACACCACAAUCAGCCUUAAGAGCCAGACGAUACAACCAUAUACAAAACCAGCGAUUAUUAACAGAAAUGAGGCAGAUAAUUUCACGCUUUUGGGUGAUACUGAGUUAAGUGCAUCGGAGCGUACAAGACGUUUAAUACCGUACAUGGCAUUUUAUGUGCCCGUUUCCGAAUUGCCCAUUAAUAAACAAUAUGCCAGUAAAAACAACAUACAUGCGACCAAGCAGCUGGCCAGACCAAGUGCAACAGGAUCAACUGGUAGUAGUUUUAUACCCUUGCCACCACAAUAUGUGCAUAGCGGUAUGCAAUAUUUACCACCAGCACCAUCUGCAGCUUCAUCAGCUCCAAGCGGACACCAGCAUUAUCAAGGAAAUGCAGGCCUUGGUAGUUAUCAUACACAUGGCUUUGGAGGGCAACAACAGCCACAGCAGCAACAACAAUUUCAUUUAUUGCCACCCCCAACAGGACAUUCACAUAUACAUUUACAACCCCCUGGACCACCAGGACCAUCAGCAGCAAGUUUGCCUACGUUUACAGGUCAUGGCAAGGGUAAUGGCAACAACCAUAAUGCAUUUGUCACUUUUAAGGAAGUUAAUCCCAAACGACAAAAAACUGUACAACAUUUCCCACCAUUAACAUCAACAGCAUCAUCACCCUCUGCCUCAUCGUCAUCAUACGAAAACAUCCGACAAACAUCCUCUAUCAUAAAGCAGCAAAAAGCACAUCAUUAUGGUAUUAGCGGCGGCGGGAGUAGCAGUGGUACUGCUGCUGUUUAUCGUCCACGAACUAAACAAUCAAAAAUCAAUUUAACACCAUUUACACCAUCCAAUACUGUGCCAGGAAAUUUUGUGCCAAUUGUUUAUACGCCAGUAAACAGUAAUAAUAACAACAAUAUUUUAAAUUCACAUGCAACGGCAGCAGGAGGUGAAAUCAAUGAUAGUAGUUCAUAUAACCAAGAUGAAAACCAACAAUAUCCCAAGCAACAGCAUCAAUUGCAGCAUCCACGUAAUCAGCCUCAACAAAUUGCUAUAGAAUAUUCUUCUGGCCCAUUACCACCAUCAGCAUCGGCAACAUUAAUACCUAUCGAUGUUCAACCAGUGCCUCAACGCCAUCAUCAACAGCAGCAACAACAACAGCAUCAACAUAAUCCUAAACAACAAUCCCAAUUUUAUAGUGUAUCAAAUUCUCCAGUUAAUGUUGAUUUAACACACAGUGCAGUUGGAGGAGGAGGUACUGUCGCUUCUGAAGAUUUAGCUCAUCAUCACCAACAUCACAAUGCAGAAGCAAUUAGUCCUCCUACCAUUUAUCAUCAAAAUCAACAUCAUCAACAGCAACCGGAGCAUGUAAUCAUUGAUGCACCACUACGAACAUUGCAACAAUCACAAACGGUAACGGGGAUUGGCUCCCAGCAGCAGCAACAACAACAACAAUUGUAUCAUGGUGGUAAAUCUGCGACACAAUUUCAACCACCAAAACCGGAAAGUUUCUUUGAUAGCGAAAUACAAUUGCAGCAACAUCAAAAUCAACACCAACAACAUCAGCAGCAGCAACAUAAUAUUGAACAGGUAUUGAAGGAUGUUAAUGCAUACAGUAGUAGUACAAAAAAUAGUCAAAUGAUGACCCCACAGGAGAAAUAUGUUAUGUAUUUACAGCAACGUAUACGUUACAACAAACAUCAGCAACGACAACAUGCACUAAGACAUAAAUAUCGUGAGCAUAACACCGACAAAGAGCAACACUAUCAACAACAGCAACAAAACAUUCAACCAAAUCCUUCACAAAUAUUUGUCUUAAGUUCAACCAUGUCACCUCCAAUUCAUGUUUCACCUGGCACUGUUACCGCUUUAGCACCCAUACGACCACCCCUACCACCACCAUCACCAUCACACUAUGAUCCAAAUUAUCCCCAACAUAGUCCCAUACAUCAUGAUUUAUAUCCCAGACCUGAAUUGAAACCUACCGCUAGUGGAGGUGUUAGUGCAAGUGCUACUGGAGGAAGUACGGCUGCAGGAGAAGAAGAACAAAUUCUUACAAUACCCGUUCAUAGUUUAUUUGGUGAAUUGGAUACGUUGCAACAACAACAUAAUCAUUAUUCACAAUCUCAUUCUGUAUCGUUACCAUCAUCUCACCAUAAAUCACAUUAUUCGAAACAUGGAUCCCAAAAACCUCAGUAUAUUGACUAUGUUAUUAAUGAACCACAACAGUCAUUGGAUGAUGAGCAACAACAGCAACAACAACACCAGCACCAAUUGGAAUUAUUAAAACCAACACUGGGACCACCAUCACAUGCCUUUAUAUUGGUAACAACAGACGCCCCAUUCCCAAAUGAACCCGUGACACAGGAAAAUUAUGCUACCUCUUUGAGGCCACCAUUUAAAAAUAAGCCAAAACUAAGAUUGCAACCAGUGUCGAAAGAAAAGAAUGUCAAUUAUCCAACAAUUAGAGAACAAAGUCCAACAGGAAGACCACAUGUUGUAUCGAUAACACCAACCGGCAAGUCUCAUCCCUAUAAUGAUGAAGAUGCUAAAUAUGUGUAUGUAAAAGAAGAAUUUGGACAAAAAUUAUCAACAGCACAGGGAGGAGGUGGGGUUGGUAAAUUGAAACCAUCGAAUAAAUAUGAAAAUGAUGAUAAUCAAAUUCCACAACAACGACAACAGCAACACCACCAUCAUCAUCAGCAGCAUCAGCAACACGAUGAAAAUAUGCCAUUACAGACAUUAGCAACCAGACAGCCGAUAACACAUCAUCAACAACAUAAUGAAGUGCAACAUAAUGUGCCCGUCACCGGCAUUGAAUCAACACCACCUAAAACUAUUUUAGCAGAUCCUAAUGAAUUGCCUGACAUACGCACAUCUUCGUUGGCGGAAAUAUUGCACAAAUUACAGGAAAGCAAUCAUUUGCCACAUACUUUGACACCAGAUAACAUUGAUAAUUCCAUAAAAACACUCAUACGCAUAUUGAACAAUUUGAAACAAACCCAAACAAUUGUGGCCAAUCCACCGCAACAUCAUGAAAUCCCAGCCCAUUCACACCCCUCAUCGCCCGAUUACGAUUACACGACUGGCAGUGAAGAAGAACAACAACAACCUGAACCGCAUGAUUUAAGUUUAUUAACACCCACAGGACCAAAUAAACAUCCUGGUCCCAGUACAGGUCGUCCAGGUAUUGAUUACCCAAAUUAUGCUGAAAUACCACAAACAUCAUUUGACUGUUCGGAACAACGUUAUAAAGGUUUCUUCGGUGAUCCCGAGACGAAUUGUCAAGUGUGGCACUAUUGUGAUUUGAAUGGUGGUAAAGCAUCAUUUUUAUGUCCAAAUGGUACCAUUUUCAGUCAGAUUGCCUUAACUUGCGAUUGGUGGUUUAAUGUAAAAUGUGCUACAACAGCUCAGUUGUAUGUUUUAAAUGAACGUUUAUAUAAAUAUAUUUUGCCUUUUACACCCAAAUUUCCCGAAGACUAUAGCGGUCCAAUAGUGGAUAAAUAUUUGGCAAUGAAAUUCCAAGAAAUGGAAGAAAAAAUGCGUUUAGAAAAGGAGAAAGCUUUGCAAGAAGAGGUAGAAGCAGACACUGAAACCGAACAACCAGUAACAAUAAGCGAAGACAAUCACUUGGAAGAAACUACUACAGAAGAUAAUAUCAAUAGACAUGUUAAAUCUCAUUCACAACAAACGAAACAUGAAUCUGUCAAUUCUCAAGUUAGUGAACAAAGUUCUGAACGUAAUCUACUUAUAGACGAUGAAGUUGAUGAUAUAUCACAGCGCGGCACUGUGGACAAUUUUGAAAGUACAACUAUGGCCACUAUGGCUGCCACCCUUAAAUCCGAACCUAUAUCAUAUAGUUUAAAACCGAUUAUUGUGUCAUCCACUGCAGGACCUGACUACGAUGAGGAACAAAGUCAUGAGUAUGAAAAACGAGAUCAUGAUAAGGUUAUAAAAGAUUUAGAGGUAAAAAAGUCUGAUACAGAAGAAUUACUUGAGGAUGAUGAUAAAAAUAGUGAAGUUGGUACAGAAAAGUCAGUGCUACCACCACCACCAACAGAAACAGCAACGUCUGUAGCAUCAUCAAAGAAAAUGCAAAUAACUGUAGAGAAAGUAGAUGUUAUUGAAAUUAAACCAGAUGAAGCUACUGGUCAUUUAAUACGUGAUAUGUUAUUAAAUAGUAAACACAAACAAAAUAAAUAGAAACCAUUUUUUUCUUGAGUUUAAGCUGUAGAGUAUUAGGUGAAUGUUUAAAAUGUU